AGAAGGAUAACUUUGCAAGGAAUUAGACAUGAUUGAUGAAGGUGGAGCUGAUAUUGCGUUAGACGACGACGCGUUUGAGUUUCGACAGUUUUGUGAAUCAAGUGAACUCCUUCGUCAACAUUCAGGAAAUAGUUCAGUUGUAACUGCUGUCUGCCUCGAACGAAGCGACUUUGACAACAAUGACUUGAUCCAACUUCUCUCUAUUGUCAUAAUCCUUGGUGUGGGUGCGUUUGUUCGUGAGGUCCUUGGCAGACUACCCCUCAAAAUUCCAUAUACUGUUGCCAUCUUCUUUGUGGGACUGGGCGUGGGACGACUCAGUGACGAAAUCUGUCCCAUUCUCGACGACUUUGUAGCCAUCGUUCAACUCAAACCGCAACUGAUCUUGUCCACGUUUCUUCCCGUGCUCAUUUUUGAGAGUGCGAUGGAGAUCAACAUCCACACCUUUAGGAGGACACUUCCACAGAUUUUACUCCUUGCUGGACCUGGAUUAUUAUUUUCUACCUUUAUCACUGCAGUCGUGAGUAUUUUCCUAUUCAUAGAGUACGAGUGGAAUUUCGUAGAAGCAAGUUUAUUUGGAUCAAUUAUAAGUGCCACAGAUCCCGUCGCCGUUGUCGGACUCUUGCGUGAUUUGGGCGCAGCUGAAAGCCUCUCUGUUCUCAUCGAGGGAGAAUCACUACUUAACGACGGGAUUGCUGUCCUUCUUUUCAAAAUUUUCGAAGAACUUCUCGUUCACAAUGACCACGAGGGCGGGUGGGGCACUGUCGUGCUGUCAGGAUUUCUCAAGUUUCUCCUCAUUGGGGUUGGCGGACCCGUGUUUGGCUUCGUCUGCGCCAAGAUAACAAUAUUCUGUCUCUCCAAAGUAUUCAAUGAUCCCAGCGUGGAAGUCUCAAUCACUUUGGCCUCGGCCUAUCUCACAUUUUAUGUUGGGGAAGAGGUUCUCGGAGUUAGUGGGAUACUGGCCGUGGUGCUGUUAGGACUAACGUUGAAGGCUAAUCACUGCAUCAGCCCACAGUCAGAAGUUCCGUUACACCAUUUUUGGGAAGUGAUUGGCUACAUGGCGAACACGUUGCUGUUUUUCUUGAUAGGAUUGAUCAUUGGGAGGAAGGCGUUCCUAUUUUUGGACGGGAUGGACUUUCCGUACCUUUUUGCACUGUAUGCUUCUGUCAUUCUAAUCAGAUUCCUUAUGCUUGUCCUGCUGAAACCAAUUCUUCAUAAAUUCGGGUAUGGGUUCGAUUGGAAAACGCUAUCCGUCGUUAGUUGGGGUGGUCUUCGUGGGGCUGUGGGAUUGUGUUUAGCUCUCGAAGUUUAUGAAGAACCACAUUUAUGCACUAUUGAUAAACUAGGACCGAAAGUACUUUUCCAAACGGCUGGAAUUGUAAUUCUAACGCUGCUGCUUAAUGCGACCACGACAAAAAAGUUGAUGCAAGUCUUGAACAUGACUACAAUAUCGCAAAGGCAUCGGGCCGAUAUGGAGGACAACUUACAAUACUUGGAAAUUACUCGACGUAAAUAUUUCCGUGGAUUACGACAUCAUCCUGAUUAUGCAAACGCGGAUUGGAAUUCAGUUAGGAAAUUUACAUUUAUCGAGAGUGAGUUGUAUCCAGUAGAUAAAAAGGAGACAGAAAAGAACCCCUCUAUGAAAAGGGAAAUAAAUACAAUCGAGGACACAAUGAAGAAGGCGAGCGCAAUUAAAGUUGAUUUUUCUGUGAAAGAAGAACCUGAAAAUGGGGCAGAAUUUCGAAAUCAACUGAAUGAAGAUGAUCGUCUUCGUCUUUUAAAAGCUUUCAAGAUAAGUUUCCGUCGUCAAUAUGAACAAGGAGUUAUCCAAGGAUCAGUCUUAAAAUACGUAUUGGAAGUCUGCAAUCGAAUUGAGGACACUCCAUCUAAGUUACCGACAUGUACAGAUGUUAUGAAUCGGUGGAGUCUGGAGAAACGAAAUGGCAAAACUGUCCCAUGCGGAAGAAUUCUAAAAUUUUCUCGCAUUUUUGCCUACUUUGUGCAAGAAUCUGAAAAGGAGAAAGUGCAUCUCAGCUUACAAGUGGGAAAAGGAUUCGUAUCAGCGAUCGAACAAGUGGUGAAUCUUAUCCCAAAAAUGUUUCAUGAUUUUAAGGACAUGGAGAAAGUUCGGUUUAUGAAAAGAAUUCUUGAACGAGAAAAAUUCGCAACUAUUCUACAGCUUGGAUCACUUCAAAUGAGUUAUCAAAAAAUAGCUGUAGCUGCAAAGUCUCGAUAUGCAGCGAGACUAGUGAUCAACCAAAUGCAAGCUACAUUGCUGGACUUGCGACAUGAUGGUUUAAUUGAGCGCGACGACGCUGAUAUCUUGAUGCUAAGUUUGGAACACCUGAUUAAAAAACUUCAUAAAUUUCCUAAAAUUAUAGGAGUGUCUUCACCCGAAACCUUCCUAGCUAAUUUGUCUUGGUUCCGAAGAAUGCUGCAACCAAAGAGUUUUGAAUUUCUCCAGAGCAAAGCAGUCCUGUUAAAUUUUCUCCCUGGUGAUACGAUCUAUAAAAUUGGUGAUCUACCUCACGGUGUGUACUUGAUUAUCACUGGUUUGGCUAAAGUUGGAUUUAUUGCGUCAGAAAGGUUGAAAAUGGCUCGAAUGAGAUAUGGAAUGUUUCCCAUUUGUGAAAUACUUGAAGAAUUAGAGUUCAAAGACUCAUUCAGUGAUAUCAUUGGCCCUGGUGGCAUUGUUGGGGAGCUUGGAUUUCUAAAGAAAGAGUGUCGAUCAUCGAGCGUCACAUGUGAAACAUUUCUCACGGCCUACUUUUUUCCUUCAGAUGCUUUAGAUCAAGUUGCACAAGCGUCUUUGAUGUCAUUUCCUGGAGAUGAUUUACUCCUGCACUUGUGGGCUUCUUGGGGAUUUAAGGUUGCUUGCAGCCUUUGCCAAUAUUUGCCCCAAUUCCAGAAUUGGAGCAUGGAAAGAAUUAAAGGAUACUUGGAGGGUGGAUUUGUUCCUGCAAUUAAUCCGCUCUCUGUCUACCAUUUGCCUGAUUUCACCUCGGAUGCAGUCGUCAUUGAAGGUUAUUUUGUCGACAAUGACUCCAAAGAGUUAUUCAUUGCGCCGUGUCUCAUCCCCCGAGAGUGCAACAGCAUAAUCUCUAAAUUCAACCCCCUCACUGUGAACCGACUCUUUGUAAUUCCUCAUGAAGACGUCUCUCACGUCCUACUUCGUCAAUACAUGGGUUCGUCAAAUGCCUUGAUUUCCAGAGCCCUUGGCAAAUUGGAGAAUAAAAAGAUUCCAAGUGGAAAACAACGAUUAGAUCCACGACAGAGGAGAAUGUCUCUUGCAAUUGCUUCAACAUCAGCAUUGGGGGGCCAAGAAACUGAAUGAAAGCGUCAGGUCAUAAAGGAAUUCAUGCAGUUUAACGAUAAUGGAUUGUUUCAGUUCUUCAUUUUUUUCUAUUUUAUUACCACCAUAAUUGUUUUAAUAGUUGUGAUCGUUGUUCAAGAAAAUAUUUGAGUCAUGGAAAAAGAUUUGAGUAAUGUAUGAUAUUCAUGCUUGAAAGUUGAAAUGUCCUCCAUUAUGGUUCGGUUUGAACUGGAUUAUCCAUGUAUUUGACAAUUUAUUGAUUUCUUGAAUAAGUAGAAUCGAAUUUUUAUAAAGUUCGAGUUUGCCCUUCACCCUGACAUUUUACUUUUAACAUUCAAACUAGUCUACAUACAUACAUAAUGAAAGCUUUUUCAAUCAAUAUUCUAAUCAAGAACAUCAGUAUAAAUUGUAGAAUUCAGUUCGAAUGACUUUAAUAUUGAUCGCAAUACCAAGUUAUCACAAAUAAAACCUAAUAAAAAUUUGGCUUUACAGUCCUCGUUAAACUAGA